UUUUCAAACAGAAGCGAGUCUCUCAACGGAUGGCUCUGUGAGGCUUGGAGGAUCACUGCAGGGGAGGCACGGGAGAGGGGUGAGGCAGAGCUCGGCACGGAGGACUCACAAUGAAUCCUGCUUGGUUUUCCCUUCAUCGGGUGUAGAUUUCCUUGGAGAGCAUGGGGCCAAUGGCCUCAUAGUGGAAACCUGGAUGAUUUUAGACAUCUGAUCAGAGCAGAAGCCAGCCUGGGGACUGCGGUGCUGAACAGGCAAAGCACCUCAAACGUAAAGAAAUGAAAUCCCCAAGGAGAACCACGCUGUGCUGUAUGAUUAUUGUGAUUUAUUUUUCCCAAGCUACACCGAACUUGAAUUUAGAGUCUAUUGUUCAUCCCUUGAUUCUCCGUGAACAUGAACUAGCGGGGAAGGAGCCACUAAGGCAAAAACGAGCAGUUGCCUCAAGCAGAGUUGCGGCUGAAGAGUACACGGUUGAUGUUGAGAUCAGUUUUGAAAAUGCCUCCUUCCUGGAGCCUAUCAAAACUUACUUGAACAGCCUCAGUUUCCCAAUUCAAGGGAACAGCACUGACCAAGCCACCACCACCAUUUUAAGCAUUGAGGUGACCACAGUCUGCAGACCUACUGGAAAUGAAAUCUGGUGCUCGUGUGAGACAGGCUAUAGGUGGCCUCAAGAAAGGUGUCUCCACAAUCUCACUUGUCAAGAGCAUGAUGGCUUCCCUGCAGGGCAUCGUUGCAGUUGCCUUAAAGGACUACCUCCCAAGGGACCUUUUUGCCAGCUCCAGGGAGCAGAUGUUACCCUAAGAAUGUCAGUCCGACUCAAUGUGGGCUUUCAACAAGACCUCAAGAACUCUUCCUCUGCUCUCUAUAGGUCCUACAAGACUGACUUGGAAACAGCGUUCUGGAAAGGUUACAGUAUUUUACCAGGCUUCAAAUUGGUGACUGUGACAGGUUUCAGGCCCGGAAGUGUGGUUGUGACAUACGAGGUCAAGACUACAACACCAUCACCUGAAUUGAUGCGUAAAGCAAAUGAUCAAGUAAUGCGGAACCUUAAUCAGACCUACAAAAUGGACUACAAUUCCUUUCAAGUAGUUACUAGCAAUGAAACUAAGUUCACCAUCGUGCCAGAAAUCAUUUUUGAAGGGGACACGGUAACUCUGAUGUGUGAAACUGAAGUUUUGUCCUCUAACGUGUCCUGGCACCAUGUCGAAAGGCACUCCGACAUCCAGAACAACAGCAGAUUCUCGGUUUACACCUUCGUGCUCAACAAUAUGACCUCGAUAUCGCGCCUCACUAUUUACAACAUCACUCAGGGGGACGCAGGUGAAUAUAUUUGCAAGCUGACAUUAGAUAUUUUUGAAUAUGAGUCCAGAAAAAAAAUGGAUGUUACACCCAUCCGAAUUUUGGCAACUGAAGAAAUGAAGGUGACGUGUGAUAACAAUCCUGUAUCUUUGAACUGCUGCAGCGAGAUUAACGUUAAUUGGAGCAUGGUAGAAUGGAAGCAGCAGGGGAAAAUAAACAUUCCAGGAAACCCUGAAACAGACACAGAUUCCGGCUGCAGCAGAUACACCCUCAAGGCCGACGGGAGACAGUGUCCAAGCAGCCUGGGUGGCAUGAGGGUCACCUAUGUGUGUGAGUUCAUCAGCGAGCACGGAGCCAGAGGCAGUAAGAGCAUAGAAGUGACGUUCACCUCUGUGGGAAAUAAUUCCAGCCACAAUGGGAAAGUGCACGAGCUCCUAAGGCAUGUGAUGGAAAUGAGUACAGUUCAGAGCACCACCGGGAACAGCCUAGAAACCAGUAAAGCCCAGGAACGGCAAGCCAACCUAACAAUAACCCGGGACCCAAUUUCUGUUUCUGAGGGGCAAAACUUUUCCAUAAAGUGCAUCAGCGAUGUGAGUAACUAUGAUGAGGUAUACUGGAACACUUCUGCUGGAAUUAAAAUAUACCCAAAGUUUUAUACCACGAAGAGGUAUGCUGAUGGAGCAGAGUCAGUACUCACAGUGAACACCGUGACCCGGGAGUGGAAUGGAACCUAUCAUUGCAUAUUUAGAUAUAAGAAUUCAUACAGUGUCGCUACAAAAGAUGUGACUGUUUACCCGCUGCCUCUGGAGCCAAACAUCAUGGUUGAUCCCUUGGAAGCUACAAUUCCGUGUAAAGGUUCCCAUCGCUUCAAGUGUUGCAUUGAGGAGAAUGAAGACUACAAAGUCACUUUCCAAAUGGACUCCCUAUCCUUUCUUGCAGAAAAAGAAGUUAAUGGAAAGCAAGUGUGCUACAAAUAUAAUUUCAUGGCAAGCUCAGUUUCCUGGUGUCCAAAAAAGCUCAACAUAUUUUGUCACUUUACCAAUGCUGCUAAUAAUUCAGUCCAGAGCCCCUCUAUGAAGCUUAACCUGGUUCCUGGAGAGAACAUCAUGUGCCAAGAUCCCAUAAUAGGUGUUGGGGAGCCUGGGAAAGUCAUCCAGAAACUGUGCCAGUUCUCAAGUGUUCCCAGCAGCCCUGGAAGUCCCACUGGUGGGAUCAUAACGUACAAAUGUGUAGGCUCCCAGUGGAAGGUGAAGAAGAAUGACUGCAUCUCUGCCCCAAUAAAUAGUCUUCUCCAGCUGGCCAAGGCUUUGAUCAAGAGCCCCUAUCAGGAUGCGAAACUCCCGACGUACCUAAAGGAUCUUUCUGUUAGCACAGGCAAGGUGAAACACGAAGUCAGCUCAUUUCCUGGGAGCCUGGGAGCCAUCAUUAACAUCCUUGAUUUGCUCUCAACGGUUCCAACCCAAGUGAAUUCAGAAAUGAUGACGCACGUUCUGUCUACGGUUAACACCAUUCUCAGCAAACCCGUCUUGAGUACAUGGAAGGUGGUACAACAGCAACAGACCAACCAGAGCUCACAGCUACUGGAUUCAGUGGAAAGAUUUUCCCGAGCAUUACGGCCAGAAGAUAGCACUGUUUUGUCCAUCAACCAAACUAAUGUGCAGAUGAGGAGCAUGGUGAUAAAACCUGGCCAUCCAAAAGCCUACAAACAGAGCUUUGUUUUCUCAGACUCAGACCUGUGGGGUAAUGUGGCCAUUGAAAACUGCCAGCUGGGAAACCUGCAGCGAGAUUCAUCUAUUGUCACUGUGGCUUUUCCAACUCUCAAAACCAUCCUCGCCCAAGAUGUUCCAGGAAAGAAUUUUGCCAACAGCUUAGUGAUGACAACCACCGUCAGCCACAAUAUAACCUUGCCAUUCAGUAUCUCAAUGACUUUUAAGAACAUCAACCCUUCAGGUGCGGUACCGCGAUGUGUCUUCUGGAAUUUCGACCUCGCCAACCACACAGGGGGGUGGGACAGCAGUGGGUGUUACGUGAACAAAGUCGAUGAGGACAGCGUCUCCUGCGUCUGUGACCACCUAACGUCGUUCUCCAUCCUCAUGUCCCCUGACUCUCCGUACCCUGGUUCUCUCUUGGAAAUACUACUGGACAUCAUUUCCUACAUUGGGUUGUGCUUUUCCAUCUUGAGCUUGGCAGCCUGUCUGGUCGUGGAAGCCGUGGUGUGGAAAUCAGUGACCAAGAACCGGACUUCCUAUAUGCGCCACAUCUGCAUAGUGAACAUCGCCGCCUCCCUUCUGGUGGCUGACAGCUGGUUCAUUGUAGCCGCUGCCAUUCAUAACCAUUAUCACCCACUCAACAAGACAGCCUGUGUGGCCGCCACCUUCUUUAUCCAUUUCUUCUACCUCAGUGUCUUUUUCUGGAUGCUGACUCUGGGCCUCAUGCUCUUUUACCGCCUGGUUUUCAUCCUGCAUGACGCAAGCAAGUCCAUUCAGAAGACUAUUGCCUUUUCUCUUGGCUAUGGCUGCCCUCUGGUCAUCUCGGUCAUCACAGUGGGGGCCACCCAGCCCCAAGAAGUCUACACGAGGAAGAAUGCCUGCUGGCUCAACUGGGAGGAUACCAAGGCCCUGCUGGCCUUCGUCAUCCCAGCACUGAUCAUCGUGGUGGUGAACAUGACCAUCAUGAUUGUGGUCAUCUCCAAGAUCCUGAGACCUUCCAUCGGGGACAAGCCAAGCAAGCAGGAGAAGAGUAGUCUGUUUCAGAUCAGCAAGAGCAUUGGGGUCCUCACGCCGCUCUUGGGGCUCACCUGGGGAUUUGGUCUUGCCACUGUGUUCCAAGGAAGCAAUGCUGUGUUCCAUAUCAUAUUCACUCUCCUCAAUGCCUUUCAGGGGCUAUUCAUUUUACUCUUUGGGUGCCUCUGGGAUCAGAAGGUGCAGGAAGCCUUGCUGAAGAAGUUUUCACUGUCAAGAUGGUCUUCACAGCACUCAAAGUCAACAUCCCUCGGUUCAUCUACACCAGUAUUUUCUAUGAGUUCUCCGAUAUCAAGAAGAUUUAACAAUUUGUUUGGUAAAACAGGCACGUACAAUGUCUCCACCCCAGAAACAACCAGCUCAUCCCUGGAAAAUACAUCCAGUGCUUACUCGUUGCUCAACUAACAACAGGAAAAUCCCCCCAUACGACUUCUUAAAGGACAGUGGAUGCGCUCUGAAAAAAGUCCUUCCAAAGCCACGGGUGAACUGUUUUCUCCACAGGCUUCCUGGAGCGGAUGCUGAAGAGACUGUUUCAUUAGGGGAAGAAGCUUUCUUUCAUAAGGACGGACUCAAAGUCAUUGUUAAGUUUAUUUGCUGCCCCACCCCCACCUCUUGUGUGAUACUAAAUGUGUAUAGUAUUUAAGUGAAACUCAAGUCCCCCGAGGCCCAAUUUCCCUGUCUGUAUUGUAAAAUAGAAUUUCAAAGAGGCAUUGUUCCUUUUCACACGUUGGUCACAAAAAUAAGCUUUCCUAGGUACAAGGCUAAUACCUAGGAACUACUUCAGUGAAUUCUAAGAAGGAAGGAAGGAAGGAAGGAAGGAAGGAAGGAAGGAAGGAAACAGGAAAAAAGAAAAAGAUAGAGAAAAACAUUAAAAACUACAUUACUUCCAUGUUAAUGUAAUUAUUCAGACACUGCCACAUGGAGAAUGCAAAAAUGGCUCAAAACGGAAACUGAAAUAAGCCAGGGGGAAAGUCUGGUAUCUUCCUGGUAAUUUCUUAGCUACGAGAGAGGGACAGAGAGAGAGAGGAGAAAAAAAAAAAGGACAGUGGGAAAAGACAGGGAGGAAAUUGUAACAUGAAGAUGCUUUCAAGUGGAUAAUAAUAUUUAUAAGAAAUGCAUGGAAGGAGAUGUAAUUCUCCUGAUGCUAAACACACACACAGAUGCUAUUAGUUUGUGCUAAGGUUUGAGCUCAGUGGACCGAGUAGGCAGAGAAAGCGUGAUUGAGGCUCUUUAUUAGAUCCCAGCAGACCCAACGGCUAAUUGCAUCUUCUAAAGUUUAUCGGGAAAAGCCUUACAUGUUGGUUUAUUCCACUUUUUUGAAGGCCAAAAAUAUAUUUUUUUAUAUCCAUCACUUGCCAAAUGUGAUAUAAUGUGAUAUAAGUGUGAUAUAUUGCACUGAAAACAGAUCCCACCUGUCAUAUACUGUAUUUAACAGCUUUAACCAGGUACUUCUCUGGGCACAAUAGAGUAGAUUUUAAUAAUCGUAUGGCACGGUUUAUUGUUCCUGUUGUUGCUACCGUGGAUUUCAUGGCCCUUGGUGUGUUGUGUAGCUCCCUAUGCAUUAGCUCUUUAAGUGCUUGAGUUCCGAGACCAAUAUACGUUAAGAGUUUUGCAUUG